CUCUCUAUUUAUAUCGUUACACAGAAUUUCGGGUUCUGCGGAAUCUCUUUCGGCUCUUCGGUUUCAUUCUCUGAUUUUGCAUGCAUUGCAAUCUCCGACCACAUCGUCCCGACACAUUUUCUUAUUACUCCCAAAAUCAACUUAUGUCAUAGAAACUCUAUAUCAUCAUGAAAUGUAACUCCAGCUGAGCUUUUCGGGUUUUGACCGAACCAGCUUUUAAGGUUUCAGUUAUAUUUCAUAGUGAGGUGAGAAUGGAAGUGUUGCAAGUGGGAGAAGGAAGGCCGGGCCAAUAUACUGAUAAAGAUAUUGGUUCUGCUGAGAGAGAGUUUUCGGAGUUAUUGGAGCAUGAAAAAGAGGAGUUACUGCAGGACCUGUCAGAAGAAGAUGAAAAGGUCAAUGAUCGCUUACCUAAGAAGAGACGGUGUAGUGCAGUAAUUGGGUCUUCAAAUGGGAAAAGAAUCAGUAAAAAGCAAGCUGCCUUACAGUAUUACGAGGAUGCCGAGGAGUUGAUGGAUGAAAUGGAGCAUGAUACAGAAAUUGCAUUUAUGAUUAAGUCUAGAGCACGGAGAAGGGGAAGUCCUCGGCGUGGAAGAAUUGACAUAAGUUCUUUAGUGGAUUCAGGAGUUAAAGAUGAGUCGAAGAAUACUACUUGUACUUCAUCUUCAUCGCCACCAUCUUCUCCUAAUUCAUCAGUUUCAGUUUUAAAAUGGGAUCGUGGUAGAUGCACUUCAAGACACAAAAAGCAGGAUAAUGGAGAUGUUUAUUUUAAGUGUCAUCAGUGUAUGCAAGAAUCAAAAAUGAUUGUUUCUUGCUCCAAGUGUAAAAACAACUCUUAUUGUAUCCAAUGUAUCAAGGAAUGGUAUCCUCACAUGAAAGUACAGGAAGUCAAGGAACUUUGCCCAUUUUGCCGCAGAAAUUGCAACUGUAAUGCAUGCCUCCACUCAACUGGCAUGAUUAAGACUUCAAAACGGGACAUAAGUGACUAUGAAAGGACUCAUCUUGUGGCGCAUUUAAUUCGCUCUAUGCUUCCAUUUCUGAAGAAAUUUUCUGAUGAACAAAAGGACGAGAUAGAGAUCGAAGCUAAUAUUCAAGGAGAGUCACCUUCCAACAUUAUAAUAGAACAAACCCUCUGUUUCAAUGAUGAACGUGUCUAUUGCAACCAUUGUGCAACUUCAAUUGUUGAUCUGCAUCGAAGCUGCCCAAAGUGUUCAUAUGAACUCUGUCUAAGUUGUUGUAGAGAAAUUAGGCAGGAAUGCCUUUUAGACCGUGCAGAGGUGAAGUUUCAGUAUAGGAAUAGGGGUUGCGAGUACAUUCAUGGUGGAGAUCCAUCACCUGAAUGUUGUUCUGUAGAAGCUCCAAACAAUCAUAUUGAGCCUGUGACCAGCUGGAAAGCAAAUAAUGACAACAGUAUCACUUGUGCUCUGAAGGAAAUGGGUGGCUGUGGUGAGAGCAACUUAGCUCUGAAGAGAAUCCUUCCUUGUGAUUGGAUCACAAAGUUAGAAGCAAAGGCAAAAACUCUACUAGACAUUUGCGAAACCAAAGACUGUACUUUCAAGCAUGAAUGUGGUGAAACAAGCACUGAUAUGUUGCAAAAAGCAGCUUCUAGGGAGGAUUCUUGUGACAACUAUUUAUACUGUCCAGUUUCAAGGGACACACUUAAAGAAGGAGGUCUUUUGAACUUCAAAAAACAUUGGACGAAUGGCGAACCAGUCAUAGUUAAAAAUGUACUUGAGCAGGCAAAUGGCCUGAGCUGGGAGCCAAUGGUCAUGUGGCGUGCUUUAAGUGAAAAUAUGGAUCCAAAUAGUUCUUCAAAAGAGGUCAAGACCAUUGAUUGCCUGGCUGGCUGUGAGGUGGAAAUUGAUACUCGGGAAUUUUUUGAAGGAUAUACUGAAGGAAGAAUGUAUAAAAAUCUAUGGCCAGAGAUGCUUAAGCUGAAGGAUUGGCCCCCUUCGGAUAUGUUUGAGAAUUUUUUGCCCCGACAUUGUGAUGAAUUUAUUAGUGCCUUGCCAUUUCAAGAGUACACAGAUCCUAGAGCCGGUAUUCUUAACCUUGCUGUUAAAUUGCCACCUGGGGUCUUGAAACCAGACAUGGGCCCAAAAACAUAUAUUGCUUAUGGGCUUGUAGAAGAGCUUGGAAGAGGGGAUUCUGUAACCAAGCUGCAUUGUGACAUGUCUGAUGCGGUUAAUAUUUUAACACAUACAGCAGAAAUAAAACUAAGUGAUGAGCAAAAAUCUGCAAUUUCCAUGCUAAAAGAAUUACAUAGGGCCCAAGACGAGAGAGAGCUUCGUACUUUGGUGAAUUCUGGAGAGUCUGGGGCACAAAUAGGGGAUGAAGAAAUCAUAGAAAACAAUGGCGAUAGGGAAUUCAAGGCUCCUGAAGAUCAUGCGGAUAGCCCCACUCUGUCUGGUUCUCCCUGUGCAGAAGCAGUAGAGCAAACAGGUGGUGCUUUGUGGGACAUUUUCCGUAGGGAAGAUGUGCCCAAAUUGGAGGCUUAUCUGAUGAAGUACUAUAAAGAAUUCAGGCACACGUAUUGUUCAUUAGUUGAACAGGUUAUUCAUCCAAUUCAUGAUCAAUCCUUUUAUUUAACAGUGGAUCACAAAAGGAAGCUUAAGGAAGAAUUUGGAGUUGAACCAUGGACUUUUGUACAAAGCCUUGGAGAGGCUGUAUUUAUACCUGCCGGAUGCCCACACCAAGUUAGGAAUCUCAAGUCCUGUACAAAAGUAGCCGUAGACUUUGUAUCCCCAGAAAAUGUCCAUGAGUGCCUCCGUUUAACUGAGGCCUUCAGACAACUUCCCAAGAAUCAUAGAGCCAGUGAGGACAAACUUGAGAUAAAGAAAAUGAUACUGUAUGCAGUCGACCAAGCUGUUAAAGAUUUGGAAGCCUUGGUGGCGGCCUAACUUUGGCCUAAGUUUGAAAGCUGACAUUCAUUUUUGACAUUUCCAUAUUCCUUGUAAAGUUGGAACAAUUUUUUGCUCCAGUCGUGCUCUCGCCCAUUGUGAUCCAUUGUUGAUCACAUUGUCUUUGUAGUUUUUAGAAUUUGUGCCUUGAGCUUUGACAGUGAAGGUUUGUUGUAUGACCUUCCAAGUAGUGCGUAUGAACAGAAAAUACUACUUGGUUAGUCCUAAGAAGACCUCUUUCUCAACUCCAGAUCUAUUGAAGUCGAAACGACCUGCUUUCAAUUGCCCCUGCAGGCCUGCACGAUGAAUACAAA